CGUUAGUUGCUAAUGUGUAACUUUGACCCGGUGUUGUUCAUUCCGCGUGACUUCAUGAUGGUUUUCCCGUUAGAGACCGGUGUCAUUUUUCUUUGCAGAGAAGAAGACCCCGAAGACAUGAAGUAGCGGGACAAGAUGAACCCUUUGCAGCAGGCUUGUACUAUUGGUGAGACGAGGUCAAUUGAAGGACAGAGGAGCUUGAUUGAAGAGAGAAGUUCGAGUAGUGGUCUCAGAUUGAGAUCUAACCUUGACAGUGCGAAACAUGACGAGGGACAUCCAAGAGUAAAAGAAAAUAUCCUGCAAGAUUUGGAUGGUCCAAGAGACGGCCACAAAAGGCCAAGCUGCCCUGCCAGUAUAUACACUGAGCAAGGGACAGAAAGGGGACGGGAUAUAACCGAAUCCCAAAACAGUGCUUGUGAUUCAGCCAGUGAGCAGGGAGGCCAACGAGAGCAGGCGCAGGAAGACCAGAUGUCAGACGACACAAGUGGUGGCUCAUCCAGCAGAAUUUGUUCGCUUCGCACCAGGAAUGCGGGAAGGAUGGUGACCAGGGCCAAUGGCAAAACUCAGCAAAGGGGCAAGGCUAAAAAACAAAGGUCCCACCAGGAGGCCAACGACUCGAGUGACGAGGAUGUGGCGGCCGGUCAGUCAGAUGAUCCGGAUCAGGUUCCGUCCGAGUCGGGCCCCGAGGAGAUCCCCAAAACGCAGUUGCGGCAUCUCAUUAAGGCCGUGGAGCGGACUCAACCGACGCGAUCCAGUUCCAGGACUUGUAGGAAGGUGCUGGAAGCAACACCCGGCAAAGCGGACACAGAGAAGAAAGAGUCCUGUAAGAAGCACUUCUGUUUAUAUUGUAAAAUGGCUUUUACGCAGAUUGCCAAGCACCUGGAAAGGAAACACGCAGAGGAAAGCAAUGUUGCCCACGCGAUACACUUCCCUAAAGGUUCCAAAGUCCGACAGUCUUUGCUUGACCAAAUUCGCAAUAAAGGAGAUUAUGAACACAAUUGCCAAGUUCUCAAAAGCGGCGAGGGGGAAAUUGUCACCAAGAAACAGGUUAAGAAUUCCAGUGUAUCCGUUAGGGACUUCCUGCCUUGCCAGCACUGCUUCGCUUUUUACCGCAAAACUGAUCUAUGGAGACACGAGAGGUCAUGCAAAGCCAGGAAGUCUUCCGACAGAACAAAAAGAGUCCACAGCGCCGCCUCCCGUCUGCUCCCCAUGUCCGAGUUCUUAACCGGGGGCUGCGAAGAAAUCAUCCACAUUAUGCAUCAAGACGACGUCUCGCGGCACAUCAGGAAUGACCCUCUCAUUUGCAAAUACGGCAAUGCGCUGUCUGCGAAGUACUACCACGACAAGUCUCAGUUUGCGUAUAUCGCACAGAAGAUGAGGGAACUGGGAAGAUUCGUGGUCGCCGUAAAUGAGCUUGACGCCAGCGUCAAGUACCUCCAUGAACUAUGUCAACCCUCCAGAUUUGAAUUGGCCGUUGAAGGCGCCAAAAAAGCCAGCGGCUUUGACCCCAGUUCCAGUAAGUUUAAAACCGCCUCCCUCGUCUCAAAGAUCGGCUACUCUUUGAAGCGGGCAGCGGAAAUCGCUUUCGGGGAAAGUCGCAUGACCGAGGACGGGGAGACCGAGAGCGAAGUGAAAAAGUUCAUUCAACUUCUUGACACAAAAUGGAACCAGUGUUUUUCUCGCAAGGCUCUCGCAUUAUCGUUGAAGCAAGGGGUCAAGAAAGAGGAAGUGGACCAAUCGACUGUGACAGAAGACUUGAUGAAACUCUACACAUUUAUCGCGGGGGAAGAAGAGGAAGCCAUCAAGGAGUUGAAAGAGAGUCCCAAUUUGUCAACGUGGAAAAAGCUCAGCGAGGCCACUCUGGCAGACGUGUGUCUGUUUAACAGAGGAAGGGUCGGGAACAUUGGUCGGAUGCUCUUGAACACUUACAUUAGCAAGAAGAGUCGUGGAGCAUUUGUGCCCUCCGCCGAUCAAGUAAGGAAAAGCACCAAAUUGGAGUUGGACCUUGGCGGCAGCUUCACCAGGUUGGAAUUGGAGGGUCAGUAUGGGAGGAACGUGCUGGUCCUGCUGACGGAAAGGAUGGUUGCGUCGAUCGACUUGCUCAUCGCAAACCGGGACCAAGCAGGUGUGUCUAAAUCCAACCUCUACCUGUUCGCCCGGACCGAGGGCCCGUCCUUCAUCAGAGGCCUAGACUGUUUCCGACGGUGUGCAAUGGAAUGUGGAGUUAAGAACCCAGAAGCACUUCUGUCCUCGUCGCUAAGAGAGCAGAUUGCCAGCUACUGGCAGCUAAUGAGCCUCAGCGAAGGGGAAGUGGAUCAAGUGGCCAAGCUGUUGGGAAGGAGCAGCCAGGACUGUUUCAGGCUCUUAAAGAAUGCGUCGGAGCUGGAGGAAGUGAGCAAACAACUUCUCAAGAUGGACCGAGCGCUGCCAUCAAGUCCAACAAGCCCUGCAGUAGAUGGGACUGUUCAGAAGCCUGCUUUGAAGAGAAGGCCUUGGAAUGAGAGGGAGCAGACUGCAGUGAAGCGCUACUUGAGUGAAUUUAUCACAGGGAUGAAGGUUCCAGGCAAAAAGGAGUGCAACGCUUGCAUAGCCGCUGAGCCAGAUCUUGGAGGAAGAUCUUGGACGGACGUCAAAAACUACGUACACAACACACUACAAACAAUGCGGAGGAGAAGCAACCAGCAUAAGUCUGAGGAGAAUGUUAACGAGAGUCCAAAGAGCCCGACGGCAGGAGUCCAAACCAUGGAGAAGGAUUUUGAAGACUCAUCGGUUGUCUGUAGUUUGACAACCGUGAAUCCAGAUCACCUGAGAGAAAGCUGUUGCAUGACAAUGGCUCCAACCAACUACGUCCAAGAGAUGACCUCAACGUAUGCAACCUUGUGUUCUACUAGCGUGGACAUGAUCCACGGCAGUCAGCCUCUCAUUUCCACUUUGACGCCAUUGAAUGGUACCGACACUCAAGUGGUGCCAACGUUUACUCCACACAACACUACGAGUGCACUGAUGCCUCCUCAAUACACAUCGGACAACAGCUUAAUGCUGCCGCUGUCUUCUUACUCGCACAACGCGACCAGUAUGGCGCCGUCCUCCGGGUACACCCCACAGGACGCCAUGGGCCCACCGCUGAUUCCUAAUUUUACCACCUUCACCGCACCGAGCACCUCGAUGGUCCCCACCUUCACCACGUUGAAUGCGAGCGCGCCGAUGCUCACCCACGCCUUCUCGCCGCUCAGUGACCGGAGCAGGCACAUCGUCUCCCCGUUCGCCGCCCUGAACCACUCGAGUCCGGCGGUUUACGCCACCGCGCAGGUGGUCCCCACGAUCCACGGGCCCGGCGCUCCCGAUGCGCCGCCGGUCGCGAGGGAGCGCCCAGCCGCCGCUGCCGCCGCAGGGAAGAAGGUCGGCGCGGCCGUCAAACCUCAGAAGAGAAACAAGCGGCUGUGGAACAAGGAGGAGCAGGCCGCUGUGAGGCGCCAGCUGGGAGACUUCUGCAAACUUGUCAAAGUGCCGGGCAAAAGGGACUGCGACGCCUGCCUGGCUGCCGAGCCGGUCUUGAACAGCCGGACGUGGAGGGAGGUCAAAUACUUUGUGCAUAACACCAUUCAGUCGAUGAAGCGGAGAGGGCACGCUGUGGCCUCCAAACAGAGCGAAGAACCCCAACCAGAGGUCCUUAGCAACCCCGUCACCGAGUGGGACGGCCCCGUUUAUCUGUCCCUGUAAAUAUCUGUAAUGGACUUCCAAAGAAGGUGAUGGCUCUGAGCUCACAUUAUAUGGGGUUUACAAACGGCCCUCUCAGUGUUUUAUUCACACGGGAAAAAGCUUCCUGAUGUAUUCAGAAUGGAGUCCACCCGACCGAGCCACUGGUGUGCUGCUGCAUGAAUAAACACUAAAGCGGGUGGAGGACAUUUGUACUGUAGCUUUGGCAUAGAAAAAAGGCUGAUAUUAAUGUUUUUUACAUGGUUAGAUUGCAUAUUAGUGUAUGUGACGCAUUCUGAUGUGUAACCUCUAGAAAGUGUUCUAAUUUAGACGUGCAAUCAUUUAGUCGAUUUCACCCCCCCCUUCCCCUCGCCAGACAGCUAGACGGCUGUGUGCAACCAAACUCGCUUUUACAAUAACUAUAAUUCGUGAAAGCAAGUGGUUGAAGAUUUAGGUGCCACUGGUAGGGCUGCCGGUAUACCGGUUCAAACGGUAAAUACCAUACCGGUGUUACGCCAUAACAACUGACAGUGAAUUUUUGGCCUCAUGGAGGGGCGUCCAGCGGUCGCAGCUACUUGUCUGACGUGUGUUGAGAUCGAGUCGCGGUUCACUCCGUAACAAACACCACGACAGCUUGUGACACAAACAAUUUGGAACACUAAUAAUUGUAUGUUUGUAGAAAUUACCUUGCCGAACUUCAACACGCUAACGAGCUAACUCGCCGACCAGUGAGGAGCAAGUUGGCCAGCGGGCAGCUGUCGAGGUGGGCGUCCUCUUCGGGGUCAAUGAAUGUGUUUGCCGCCACAUCCCGUCAGAACCUUUCUAAAUACCGUGACAUGGAUUUCUGGCCACGCAGCCGUAGCCACCGGGACGUUUUUCCACAAUGCACUGAGCAAAGGUAGCCGCAGAGGGGAGGGGGGGGGGGGUCCGCCUCUACUUCCAUCCUUCUGCUUCUACCAUUUUUAAUCGUGUUUUAAUUCACUUUGAUCAAAAGAAAGCAAAAGAAAAAAGAAUUGUUGUUUGCAUCCGGUCAGCGUGAUAGACUUGAUGCCCAAAUGAUUCGUACUCUUUGCUUUAGCCAGUAGCCUUUAUUGUAGAGGCCUCCGAGGGCCCGAUGGCUGAAGGUGCACCUUCCUAUCUGACGUUCUCCCUGUGUAUACCUCACUUCAGUAUGGGAAACUUCAGAGAAUCCUCUUGGUAAAUGUUACCUUUACUUAUAUAUAUUUCAUUAUUAUUUUUUUUGUCUUUGAGUGUUAACAAGCUGCCAAAAGGUUUGGUUGUAUUUUUGUACCAGUACACAGUAACUAGGUAGAACGUUUUAGUACUUUAUCAUGUUCGAUAUACUCUAAACACAUUGAGCCCAUUUGUAUGACUUUGUUUUUGGCUUCUACUAUCUGGAUGUUUUUGACAUUGAUAUCCAGUAUUUGUCCGAUGCCAUUGCCUUACCGCGUAGAUCAUUUGCUUGAUAAUUUAUUGUUCCCUGAUCUUGUUCACAUUUCAAUCACAAUCACAUUUGACAAAAAUAAUGAGUGCAGUUUUCGUUUUACGGAAGAAAAGUUUUAUUACAAAAGUUAAUCAGUGAUCUGAAUCAAAAAUCGACAUUGCUUUGGACAGAAUUGUUUUUUUUUUAAUUUCCCAAAAUGGGAAUGCUCAUAUUUCCUUCCAUCUAAUCGGAAAUUAUGGAUUAUAGAGCCUCUCGUGCAGUGGAAAUAUUAAAAAAAAUUGGUAAACUUGUCAAGAGGGACGAGCUCUCGUAGGUGGGAGGGAAUCAAAAAUAAACCUUCCAGAAAGGGUUCAAAUGAGGACCGGUACCGGGGUUGGUGACCUCUGCGCUAGACAACCCUCACCUCCCCCCCAUAUCACACUGCAGUUUUCUUAUUAAAUUUGCACAUUUCAUUAACAUUAAACUUUUGUCUUUUUGUUUUUCCGUCACAUGCAAACGUUGUUGAAGGUUUUUCUUUUAACUGGAUAUCGAAAGCUUGAGUUUAAGAUGAAGCUGAUGUCUAAUUCGGGACGAAGUGACCCGUCUGUGUCUUUAAUGUCUCUGAAGUUCCCGAUAGCACUUAGUCGGUCGUCCUCUGCUCAGUAACCAGGGUUCACCUCUCGUACCCAAGCCCUUCCAGAUGUUCACAACACCCUCCUCGUGGAUGGAGUCCAUCUGUAUUCCAGUGUACAGAAGGUUGAGUGAUGUUCAAACACUACCCCCCGUAGAGUAGAUGACUUGCUUUCAUUGCUGUAGUGUAUAAGCACACAGUGCGUGUGACUCUUCAUCCUGUUUGUAAUUAUGUCGACUUCUUAUUGAAUAUUGUAAGGCUCUUAUGACUUCGGCUUGUACAAUAAAAUGCUUCUUGCUAAAAGAU